AUGGCUCCCCGCAACCGCCAGGCCGACAGUGAAUCGGCCUCUCGGUCUCCAUCACCGUCAGACUCGAUGGAAAGCGUCCUGUCAUCUUCAAGCACUCUCAUCUCGUCAGCUCCAGAUUCCUCAUCACCACCACCUUCACCCUCUUCAACAGCUGCAAUCCCGUCAUCCAUGUACAGUAGCUUAGGCACUCGUCCCCGUCGUUUGACGCCGCCGUCACGACUCCUCGGUGCCAUAGAUGAACACAGUUCUACAAUACAGCCGGACCUGCCGUUAUCGAGCGACAGUGAAAAGAAUCCCGUCGCCAAACUUCAUGUUUACGCUGCCGUGGUCAAUGCCAAACACAAGCCGACUCUCGCACCGAUGGCUAGUCCACCAGCCAGCGAAUUCGAUCGAGUGACAGGACCUCGUGGUGAGAGGUUUGCCGAUCUUCGAAUGAACCGAAAAAUGGACGGAGCGAAGGGCUGGAAGAGAUUCAUGUGCUUUGGCAAUAUCUUGCCAAAAAGCCGGGGAAUGGCAUAUCUCCUGAUCGCCGCCGGUGCCCUUAUCCAACAAAAACUGCAAGAACGGAAAGAAUUACAGCGCGAGAAGAAGCGACUAGCUUAUGAGGAGCGGUAUCGCGACUUGGAGCAGGAACAUGCUACCAGGAUUGCCAGUUAUGAGCAACACCUCCCAACAGAGUCCAACGUUGGGCAUGUGGAAACAAGGCACGAGGUUUCUGCCAUCCUCAGCGGAGACGGGCGGAGGAGGAAUACUAUGAAAGAGGGUGGACGAAGGCGAAGUGAGGACAGUCCCGCCCAAUGGGUUGAUGGGGUCGUCAAGCUGAGCGCAAAUUAG